AUGGCAGCAACAAUUGACCUCACUACUGUACUUGACGACGAGUCCCCGCAAAGCGAGAAGGACGUCGUGCGAAUCUUUGAGGAUGCGCUGAACUCAAGUGGUGAUCCUACAACCACGACAGAUAGGAUCAUCGACGACCUGCGAGAGUUCCUCAGGACAAGUGAUUCUGAGUACGAAGCCGAUGGAAUGCUGUGGAGUCUGUGGAUGGUGCUGCUGGCCAUGGUCAUGAUCGUUCCUAUCGACCACCCCUGGCAGCGCGUCUUCAUUGAUGUCGUCGAAGGAUUACGACGUCGGGGCGGCCCAGUCACUGAAGCUGAAAAUAUUCGUGGAGACAGGAUCGUCUGGGACGACCUUCCGAAUCUCAGAAUGUACGUGUUCGACAAGUUUGCUGACCCCUCGGACCUGGAAGAUUGCGAUCUCGAACACAUCGCGGCUUGGAAGAGCUUCAACAGGUUCGUGUGCCUGCUUCUGACUCCGGAAUUCAUGCAAUGGACCAUCAUACCCUACUGGAUAAUCCCUCCCGGCCUGGAGACGCCACCAGAGGACGAGAUCGAGUUUGAGAUCAAGCUGUGGGUUGCGACCGAGUGGCUGAUCCAGGGCGCACCGUUUUUGUACCGGGAAAUGACCUCGACAAGGCCCCUGUACGAGGAGGAGAAGCGAACUACUGCUCCCGGUCCAUUGUGCAAGGACGUGCCUGGCGUCAGCCUCCAGCGAUGGGCUUUUUGGCACUCGAGGCUGUCUGAAAUUGCCAAAACCAAGACGUUUACCAAGGUUUCCGCAACGGGCAGCUCGGAGCAGGCUGAGUUUAGCGAUGAAUCUUACUCCCGCGUGGCACAGGCGAUCGCUGCACUGGAUGCAGCUGAGAAGGCCAGCAAGGAGGACAAAGGGGAUGGGGGUGCAGCGUCAAGGCAGGCAGACGUUCCCACGGAGGAAUAG